AGACUCCCAACCGCAAUGGCCAGAACCAAGCAGACCGCUCGUAAGUCCACCGGUGGCAAAGCCCCCAGGAAGCAGCUCGCCACCAAGGCAGCCCGUAAGAGCGCCCCGGCCACCGGCGGUGUGAAGAAGCCCCAUCGUUACAGGCCCGGGACCGUGGCCCUGAGAGAGAUCCGUAGGUACCAGAAAUCUACCGAGCUGCUUAUCCGCAAACUGCCCUUCCAGCGCCUGGUGAGGGAGAUCGCUCAGGACUUCAAGACCGACCUGCGCUUCCAGAGCUCCGCCGUCAUGGCUCUUCAGGAGGCCAGCGAGGCUUACCUGGUCGGUCUGUUCGAGGACACCAACCUCAGCUUAGUCAUGUCUGGUCGAGGAAAAGGAGGAAAAGGACUCGGAAAAGGAGGCGCCAAGCGUCACCGUAAAGUUCUCCGUGAUAACAUCCAGGGCAUCACCAAGCCCGCUAUCCGCCGUCUUGCCCGUCGUGGCGGUGUGAAGCGUAUCUCCGGUCUGAUCUACGAGGAGACCCGCGGUGUCCUCAAGGUGUUCCUGGAGAACGUGAUCCGUGAUGCCGUCACCUACACCGAGCACGCCAAGAGGAAGACCGUCACCGCCAUGGAUGUUGUCUACGCUCUGAAGAGGCAGGGACGCACCCUGUACGGCUUCGGCGGUUAAACCAUCUUCUCCCACCCUCAACCCAAAGGCUCUUUUAAGAGCCACAC